GUUCUAGUCGCAACCUUCAACCUCUCAGCAGACUAUAACAGUUCUGUUUAACUGGGUCGAACGUUUUUCUCAAAGUUUUCAGACAAGAUGAUGGAUAUUCUGUGGUCAACAUUUCUUAAUGGUACUAAUGCAGCAAUACCGUUUUAUCUUGCAUUGGGAAUGAUUUUUCUAGCACCAAUAGUAUAUCUUCGUCUCGUAUAUGUUCAAAAUGCACCUUACGGAAGAUACGAUGUUCCUUCAACAUUUAAAAUCAAUGUUAAACUAGCUUGGUUUGUUCAAGAAUUGCCAGCAUUCCUUAUACCCGUUUUGCUGUACAUGUUUACAAAUUCACCAAAAGCUGAUCAACCUAUAAAUCUUAUUUUGUUAGGAAUGUUUAUGUUGCAUUACGCUCAGAGGACUUUUGUUUACCCUUUCUUAAUUCGGGGAGGAAAACCAAGUGCUGCCUACGUUGUCGUUGCAGCCUUUGCAUUUUGUGUUAUUAAUGGAUAUAUGCAAGGCUUUUACCUAUUAAAAGUUGGUAAUUAUCCUUCUGAUUGGUUAAAUAGUCCUAAAUUUAUGCUGGGGUCAACGCUAUUCCUUUUUGGAUUCGUUAUGAAUCUACACUCUGAUCAUAUUCUGAGAAAUCUACGUAAACCGGGAGAAACGGGCUAUAAAAUUCCACAAGGUGGACUUUUUGAAUAUUUUACGUGUGGAAACCUUUGGUCAGAGUUUGUAUGUAUCUCUUAUGUGCAAAUUGAUUUCAGAUGUACGAUAAAGUUUCAUAUCUUUAAAACUGAUACAGAUUGAAUGGGUAGGCUUUGCUCUUGCCACAUCAUCACCUACUGGUCUCGCUUUUGCCGCGUUUACGUUUGCUAAUCUCAUUCCAAGAUCGAUUGCUCACCGUAAAUGGUAUAUCGAAAGAUUUAAGGGAAAAUACCCAAAAGAUAGAUUCAUUCUGAUUCCAAAUGUUUGGUAGAAACGAAGAAGUGAUAGAUGAAUUCUUUACUGUGAUGCUUUUCUUGAAUGAUUGCUCAUUUGUUUGAAGUUAAAGCAAAUAAAACUCAAAUUGUAGUUUUUUGAAAAAAAAAUACGUCAUUACUGUUGCUAUGGUAAACAUUAGCCGCGUAGUUACUAGGAUAGUGUCGAUACAAAUUAAUAUCGGU